AUGCCUGAUAUAAGCUUUUCGGCUUUUAGAAGAGAUGUAACCACUAAUGUUGGUAUAGGCUGUUUAAAUGCAAAUGAUGAUAUUGAAGUUGAACUUCGUCAUAAAAUUUCGAAAUUGGACAGUUCAAAUGGUACUGAUGAUAUUCUUCAGAAAUGUGAUGAAAUAAAUAAAUUCUUAAAUGAACAAAAGAAUGUUUAUAAUGCGUGUUAUGAACACCGUCACAAACAAAGUUUGUGGUAUACUCCGAUAAUAAUCAAGAAAAUCUUAUCAGAGUCUACGAAAUAUCAUAAAUGUCCUCAACAAUGGACAUCGGAACCAGAAGAAGCCACUGAAUUGACAGUUAAAGAGGAAGAAUCACAUGAUGAAAAUGAAAAACCUGAAACACAAACAAGUGCCGAAAAUAUUUCUGAAUUUCCUCAAAACUCUGCACUACCAGGAAGUUCAGAUUCAACUCCUGAUUUUGGAACUGAUCAAAAAACAGAUCGUCAUAAUGUAUCUCCUGCUGUCGAGGCGCUUCCCCCAAAUCAUUCUUCUUCACAUGAUUCCCAAAUUACAAAAGAAAAUUCUAUUACAUAUACUAUUAUAAAAUAUAUUAAUAAAGAUAAUCAAGCUUUACCAGACGUGUCUGACAAUCAUGCUUUGGGUGAUACGAAAUUUUGUGCUGAAAUUUUUGAUAACGUUGAAACAGCUGAUACUUAUUCUUAUGGUGAUGAAUCUGUUGAAUAUGUAACAUGCGAACUUAAACAAGAUGAUGAAAAUCCUAUAAUAAUUCUAGAUCAACAAAUAACCCUCAGCCGAAUAACUGUAUUGAAAAAUCCUCUGAAAUUCAAGGUUACCCUAAAGAACAUGUGUCUCAAGAAGAGGAAAAAACUACCGAAUCAUUAUCAGCUUCUACAAGAUCAUCACAUACUCAGAUGA